GCAUUACUAGCAAUCUAAGCAUUCAAGACUAUUCAAUCUGUCCGCUUACCGCCAAAAUUUCCCACGAAAACAAGAGAGGAAAUCCGAGUUUCAACUUUUAUCUUUCUUCCUUUAUCCGAUUUGAACUGUCAAAAUGUGGAACAGCGGAGGUGGUGGUUUUGAUGGCGGGUUUAUGAGCACCCAGCAAGAUUUUGCCUCCCCUGCUGGUCAGUCUGAGAAGAAGGCAAGGAGAUCCCAAAAUUUGAUUCCUGUCACAUUAAAAGCAGUCAUGGAUUCUACAGAUGACACUUUAAGAGUUAGUAACACUGAGGUUCAUAUGCUGAGUGUUGUUGGCUUGAUUAAGGCAGUGGAUGUUACAAGUACAAAAAUAACAUAUAAAGUAGAUGACACAACUGCUGUAAUGGAUGCUGUACAGUGGGUUGAAAGUGAUCAAGACACAAAAGAUUCUUUCUCAAAACCUUUAAUAGAAAUGACCUACUGCCAGAUCUUUGGGUCUGUUCGUACACAAGCGGGGAAUAAAUACAUAAUGAUCUUUCGUAUCAUGCAUAUAGAAGACCCCAAUCUCAUAACUACACACAUGCUGGAAGUCAUUCAUUCAUAUUUAAAACUUCAGCAGAUUGAAAAGUUGCAAGCAGGUGGAAUGGCAAGUAACUCAGCGGGCAAUACAGGGAUGAUGGACAACUCUCUGGUUGGCACUACUGGUUUAGGUGGCGGUAUGAAUACUGGGAUGGGCAGUGGUGGAUUCAGUGGCAUGCAUGGCUUGAACACAUCUCAGAAUAUGGUGUUCCAGGUCCUCCGACAGUGUACUGAUGAGUCUGGAGUUGAGAGAGAAUUUAUCUUCCAACAGCUUUCUGGAAAACUUAGCAAGACACAGAUCAAGUAUGUUAUAUUGAGUUUUAUACGUUGUUUUCUCAAGUUAUGCAAGUUAUUAUUAUAAAGUAUUAUAUAUAAA